AUUUAAUAUUAUUUUCAAACCAUGUAAAUUCUACAAAAAAAAUAUAAAUAAAAUCUAAAUUAAAUUCCAAUCAAAUGGCGAAUGUAGAAAACGCAGCACCCCUUUCCGAAAACGAGAACGAAGAUGCAGAUACUCCUGAUAAAAAAGAAACAGACGCACUAAAAACUGAGGGACAAGAGGGAGAAACCACCGAUAUUGCAGUGGAAGAAGGUGCCUCAAAGGAGGAAGCAGCAGAAGGGACAGCAGAAAAUGAUGCAGAAGAGGGCGAAGAAGAAGAGCAGGAUGACGAAGAAGAUCCCUUCGAGCACCUGGACUUAAACGACGAGGACAACGAGGAAGAGCAAUCCCUCUAUAAGGAAUAUCUAUCGUUAAUCAAAGAAAUCAAUUGUCAGAAUGGCAUCAUUCAGGAGCUGAAGGACCGCUCGAAUGAGUUGAAGCAAAAGAAAUGCCGCUCGGGGAACGAGAGCCAGGAAUUACAGCGUCUACGGAUGUGCCAGGAACAGGAGAAUAUACGACUCCGUACGAUGAUCAAUCGAGCAGUGCAGCUGCAGAAUUUUGGCUCCCGUCGGCUGUACGGCGAAGUGGAACUGGAGAUUACGGAAUCCGAGCAGACGGUCUUCCUGGCUGGCGUUCAAUUUGCGGAUGUGCAAUGUCCUAGCUCUUCUGUGGGCGAUGGCUGCCAGUUAGAUUCAGAUUCGGAUUGGGAAGCGUAGGAUGGAUGAGUGGUGGGUUGUAGGCCUUUGAUAUUGAUUGGAAAUAAAGCUACACAGUUAUGGAAAAUGUCCAAUUUAAGAUACAGAGUGAUAUACCUGAUACCUGAAUAAUCAGCAAAACAGUAGAAAAUCCCAAAGAAAUUCGAGAUAAAAGAGAAUGGGAAAUUCGUUCACAAAUAACAAGAAACUCCCAUUUAGAUCCCAUUUCUAGACACUUUUGGGUCCUAAAUGCUUCCUAAAUUCCAUACAAAUUCCACUAUCCACUAUCAUUCUCUAAAUGAGAAGACUCUUGAAUCCAAAGAACCCUAAAGGACAACCAAACAGCAGGUAAUACCCAUCAUCAUUCUUCCACCAAUUAGUUUUGGAUUAAAGCGGAACACCCUCCUUUAGAGCCAUUCUUUCACCAAUCUUUUUAGAAAAACCCCAACCCCACUUAAGCCCCAACUAAGUUUAGUGUGCUGUUCUCUGCUCUUAGUAUCUCAACUAAAUGUCAUCAUUUUGCCAUCAGUUGGUUGGCCAGAAAGCUUUUCCUUCCGUUCGCAAGGGACCCUCUUUCGCAUCAUUGCCAAGACAUUUCACACUUCAGAGGAGAGGCCAUUGGCCCCCUCUCCUUCCCACACACCAAUUCCUACCAUCAAUUUGCUGCUCAUCAUCCACACGACGCAAUGAUUGGUGGGUGGGCAUGGGAGGGCACAGUUGGUGGUG